AUGUAUUUCACUAAAACUAUCAUCACUGUCUUCGCCCUUGCCGGCUUUGCCGCUGCUCAGGCUGGAGACCUUGAGCGUCGUGAGGCGUUUGAGAUAGCCCGAGAAAACUACCUCAUCGCCCGCGAUGAGUAUAUGGAGCAGCGUGACCUUUUUCGACGCAAACAGGAAGUCAUUUAUGACGGGAACUGCAAUUUCGCUGAAUAUAAUAGCAAAGUUGAUUUGUCUACGUAA